AUGACUAUGGGUAAAUUCCUUGUUGUUGGACCUGGUAAACCUAUUGAAACCACUGUGGGUGAAGAUGCUCUGUUGGAAUGUCAGCUUGUGCCAGAUAUAUCUGCCAGCAACAUGUUGGUGCAGUGGUUUAAAUCAGGCCUUGAUUCCCCAGUUCACGUGUACAGCCAUGGGGAAGAUGAUGCUGCUGCUCAGCACAGGAAAUACAGAGGGAGGACUGAACUGUUGAAAAAUGAACUCACCAAAGGAGCCAUUUCUCUUCAAAUAAAGAACACAACUAUUUUUGAUGGAGGGAAAUACAGGUGUUUAGUUGAUAGCGGAACCUAUUCUGAAGAAACUGCAGUCAGACUGAAUGUCGUAGGUUUGGGUCGUCAGCCCUGGAUUCAACUGAAGGGAUAUCAUGAAAAUGGAAUCCAGGUUGUGUGUAAAUCCAGUGGAUGGUUCCCAAGGCCAGAAAUACAGUGGAUCAGUGAAGAUGGACUUAUUUUAUCACAAGCUGAACCAAGUUAUGAGCAGGACUCUGACGGUCUUGUAAAUGUCCAGAGUAUCAUCGUCGUUACAAAACAAUCAACAAACAGGUUUAAGUGUCUUGUACAAAAUGAAGAUGAGAUCUUCCCUGGUGCCCCUGACUGGCUGGCACCAUUGCUCGUGACCAUCCUUUGUGUAACUGGUGGCAUUGCAGCUGUGUGUUACUGGAGUGUGAAAAACCAUCGACACAUUAAAGGUACAGUCUCAGUGAUAAUCCCAGAAAUGGAGAUGGAGAAGACAAGGAAGGGAAGGGAAGAGAAGAAUCAGAGAUUGUCAGAUGAAGGUGAGAGAAAGAUGGAAACUGGAGGCAAAGUUGCUGACUGUUUCCAGUGCUGGGCCAGGACAAGAAAUGGCACCAAUACAGUUAUUGACAAACUGAAGAAAGAGUUGUGGGAGGGGGCCUGA